AUGAGUUACAUGAAGAAAGAUGAGGACGCCGAUCAGACUAUGAUCAAGCUCGAUCGGACCUCCGUAUUUCAAGAUGCACGCCUAUUCAAUACCUCUCCCAUCUCCCCUCGACAAUGCCGCACGCUCCUGACCAAAAUUGCCGUCCUCCUCUUCACGGGGGAGCAAUUCCCCACGAACGAGGCCACCACGCUGUUCUUCGGUAUCUCCAAGUUGUUCCAGAAUAAGGAUCCGUCGCUACGGCAAAUGGUGUACCUCAUCCUGAAGGAGCUGGCCAACACCGCGGAGGACGUGAUCAUGUCGACGAGCAUUAUCAUGAAGGAUACCGCGGUCGGUAGCGAUGUCGUCUACCGGGCUAAUGCCAUCCGAGCGCUUUGCCGCAUUAUCGAUACUCCUUGGGUUUCCUCCGGUGCCAUCGUUUCCUCGUACCACCUUCUCCCCAUUGCUCGUGACGUUGUCCGAAGAUGGCAAAGCGAGACCCAGGAAGCCGCCUCGGCCUCGAAGCAAUCGACCGGUUUCCUUGGUUUCGGCGGCAGUUCGCAGGCGCAUGCCAUCUCGCAGUCGAAUUUCAUGACCCAAUAUCACGCCAUUGGUCUCCUCUACCAGAUGCGUUCGCAUGAUCGGAUGGCCCUGGUGAAGAUGGUUCAACAGUACGGUGCCGCUGGUGUGAUCAAGAGCCCUGCUGCGCUGGUGCUCUUGGUGCGGUUAGCGGCCAAGCUGGCCGACGAAGACCCCGGUCUGCGCAAGCCCAUGAUGCAGAUGCUUGAUGGCUGGCUCCGACACAAGCAUGAGAUGGUGAACUUUGAAGCCGCAAAGGCCAUUUGCGAUAUGCGCGACGUCACCGACGCCGAGGCCUCCCAGGCCGUUCACGUUUUGCAGCUCUUCCUCUCGUCUCCUCGGGCGAUCACCAAGUUCGCAGCCAUCCGCAUCCUCCACAACUUCGCCACAUUCAAGCCUCAUGUUGUGAACGUGUGCAACCCUGAUAUCGAGUCGCUCAUCUCCAACUCCAACCGCUCCAUCGCUACCUUCGCGAUCACCACGCUUCUCAAGACCGGUAACGAGGCUAGCGUCGACCGUUUGAUGAAACAGAUCUCUGGUUUCAUGGCCGAUAUCACGGAUGAGUUCAAGAUUACUAUCGUUGAGGCUAUCCGCACACUCUGCCUGAAGUUCCCCAGCAAGCAGGCCGGCAUGCUGGCGUUCCUGAGUGGUAUCCUGCGGGACGAGGGUGGAUACGACUUCAAGCGGAGCGUUGUGGAGAGCAUGUUCGAUCUGAUCAAGUUCGUUCCGGAGAGCAAGGAAGACGCUCUCGCACAUCUCUGUGAGUUCAUUGAGGACUGCGAAUUCACCAAGCUGUCUGUCAGAAUCUUGCAUCUUCUCGGUGUGGAAGGUCCCAAGACCUCUCACCCGACCAAGUACAUUCGUUACAUCUACAACCGCGUUGUUCUGGAGAAUGCCAUCGUUCGUGCUGCUGCUGUGACGGCUCUCGCGAAGUUUGGCGUUGGACAGAAGGAUCCCGAGGUCAAGUCGAGUGUCUCCGUUCUUCUCACUCGGUGUCUUGACGACACCGAUGAUGAGGUGCGUGACCGUGCUGCGCUCAACCUUCGGUUGAUGGCCGAGGAAGACGAGAUGGCCUCCUCGUUCAUCAAGAACGAUUCUAUGUACUCUCUCUCGACAUUCGAGCACCAAUUGGUCAUGUAUGUGACCUCGAACGACAAGCAGACGUUUGCCGCUGCCUUCGAUGUUUCCACGAUCCCCGUGGUCAGUCAGGAACAGGCGUUGGCUGAGGAGCGGACGAAGAAGCUUACCUCUGCCACCCCGACCCUCAAGGCGCCCACGGCCGGUCCUACCAAGAGCAAGGCCAACGGAGUCGCCGAGGCUGCCACUGCUGCCGCAACUCAGAAGUACGCCGAACAGCUUAUGCAGAUCCCAGAGCUCAAGGAGUACGGUACUCUCCUCAAGUCCUCUGUUCCUGUGGAGCUUUCCGAGAGCGAGACGGAAUACGUCGUCACGGCUGUCAAGCAUAUCUUCAAGGAACACGUUGUGCUGCAGUACGAUAUCAAGAACACCCUUCCCGACACUGUACUCGAGGAUGUCACGGUGGCUGCUACGCCAUCCGAAGAGGACGUCCUGGAGGAGGAGUUCAUUGUCCCUGCGCCGAAGCUGGCUACGAACGAGCCGGGCAUUGUAUAUGUUACGUUCAAGAAGCUUGGUGGCGAGCACAGCGUCCCCGUCACGUCAUUCACCAACGUCCUCAAGUUCACCAGCAAGGAAAUCGACCCUACGACAGGCGAGCCCGAGGAAUCCGGAUACGAUGAUGAGUACCAGGUCGAGGACUUGGAGCUUACUGGCAGCGACUAUGUCAUUCCUACGUUCGCUGGCAGCUUCGACCACGUCUGGGAGCAGACUGGUGCCAAUGGCGAGGAGAUUAGCGAAACGCUACAGCUUAGCAACAUGAAGGGCAUCACAGACGCUACUGAACAGCUGAUCUCUACUCUGUCUCUGCAACCGCUCGAGGGCACCGACGUGGCCCUGAGCAAUAGCACGCACACCCUCAAAUUGUUCGGCAAGACAGUAACCGGGGGCCGGGUUGCGUCUCUGAUCAAGAUGGCGUACUCCAGCAAGACGGGUGUCACGACGAAGAUCACCGUCCGGGCGGAGGAAGAGGGUGUCGCUUCUGCUGUGAUUGCGUCCGUUGCUUGA